AUAAAAAUCCACUCAUCCCGAAUCCAUUCGCCCAGAACAGACGCCAUGGCCUCCGCCGCCGCACCGACGCCGCAGCCGUUGCUCCCCGUGACCAACCCCGCGGCCUCCGCGCCGUCCUCCGGCUCGCCGCUCUCCGACGCGCCGCUCGCCACGCCGGCGUUCCGGCUCUUCAUGAGCAGGCUCUCCGACACGGUGCGGCGCUCGCUCGCGGACCGGCGGCCCUGGACGGAGCUGGUCGACCGGUCGGCCAUCUCGAAGCCGGACUCGCUCUCCGAGGCCACCUCGCGGCUGCGCCGGAACCUUGCGUACUUCCGCGUCAACUACGCCGCCGUGGUGGCGUUCUCCCUCGCGGCCUCGCUCCUGGCGCACCCCUUCUCCCUCCUCGUCCUCCUCGCCGUUCUCGGCGGCUGGUGCUUCCUCUACGUCUUCCGCGCCGCCGACCAGCCCGUCGUGCUCUUCGGCCGCACCUUCACCGACCGCGAGACGCUGCUCGGCCUCGUCGUUGCUUCCGUUCUGGCCUUCUUCAUGACCUCCGUGGCGUCGCUCAUCAUCUCCGGGCUGCUCGUCGGCGGCGCGAUCGUUGCCCUGCACGGUGCGUUCCGCGUGCCUGAGGACCUCUUCCUUGACGACCCGAGCGUUGGGGGCAAUGGCAACACUACCAGUAGGCUACUCUCCUUCCUCGCAUCGCCCGGAUCUGGGGUUUGAUGCGGCGCAAGAUCUGGUAGGGUUCUUGGUCCCGUGGAGUUUAUUUUGAGUACGAAUUGGCAUGGAUCUGGCUCGUCGGAUGUAGCUAAUUGGUUAUCCCUCCUCUUGUGCUUAAUUGUGAGUAGCUAUGGAUAUGCAGAUCAUAUUUUGCCUUCUAAUAUUUGGUCCAAAUUAUGCAAAGAUCUGCUGAACUUGUACUUAAGUUUUAACCGGAGCGGUGACUAGUAAGAACUGUCAGAUGUCAUCAUGUCAGCAACUCAGCAUGUAGAGCUCUGCUCUUCCAAGCAGCUUAACACAGUAACACCAACACCUUAACAGGUCCUUCCGUUGUUUA